AUGGCUGCUCUGUGUGCAUGUGAUGAUUUCCUUCUUCUGUCAAAUGGAAGAACAGCCGCAAUAGUUAAUUUUAGCUCUCCAGAUGUCAUCCAUCAACUACAACUGCCUACAGCCAUUGAUGGUGCCAAUACCAAUCCACAACCACAGAUCAACAGCAGCAAGUCACAGAAAGUUUCCAAGCAGAAUGUUAGAAAAUCUCAAGAAGACACAUCAGAGGGACAACAAGAGAACGUUGCUGAACAAGUUCAGAAUAAGAAGACGGUGGAAGAGAACCGCAUCCUGGCCUGUGCCGUGUCCAGUGAUGGUCAGCUGAUCGCGCUCUGUGAUGACAGGAAAUGUCUGCAUGUCUACAAGCUAGAGGAUGGCCAGUGUCGUCUCCACUUCUCUAG